CCAUUCUAGUCAUUUAAAAAAAAACAUGGAGGCCAUUAAUCCUUCCCACACAGCCACCAACGACAUCGAAGAAGUAAACGAUGACUACACUCCUUUGCCGAGCCAUGCCACCGGCGGCCCUCCGCCCAAUCGUCGGAGAUCUAUAAAGGGGUUCGCCGUGAUCUUUGGGUCAAUCGUUUUUCUCGUGUCGUUGGUCGCAUUAAUUAACAUUGACAGCCAAACAAAAACAGUACAGCAAGAACCCAGCUCAGCCACAACAACGACAGAUGAAGAGGGCCAAAACGACAGGUCGUCGAGUAGGAUUCAUGAGAAUGAGAUGUCGUUUCGGGUGCCUCGAGGCGUGGCAGAAGGCGUCUCGGCGAAAUCAAACCCGAACCCUUUUCUUACCGAUUCCGAACUGUCCUACAACUGGACAAACGCUAUGUUUUCUUGGCAGAGAACGGCCAUUCAUUUUCAACCGCAGAAGAAUUGGAUGAAUGAUCCUGAUGGUCCACUGUAUUACAAAGGGUGGUACCACCUGUUCUACCAAUACAACCCAGAAUCGGCAGUGUGGGGGAACAUAACAUGGGGACACGCAGUGUCGAGGGACCUGAUCCACUGGCUCUACCUCCCCUUUGCCAUGGUCCCGGACCACUGGUACGACAUCAAUGGCGUCUGGACCGGUUCCGCCACCAUUCUCUCCGACGGCCAAAUCGUUAUGAUCUACACUGGUUCCACCAACGAAUCGGUGCAGGUACAAAAUCUCGCCUUUCCCGCCGACCUAUCUGAUCCCCUCCUCCUCCACUGGGUCAAAUCCGACAAAAACCCGGUACUGAUCCCCCCACCGGGCAUCGGAAUCAAGGAUUUUCGUGACCCGACCACCGCCUGGAUCGGACCCGAUGGGAAAUGGCGGGUCGCAAUAGGAUCGAAAGUCAACACAACUGGGAUUUCGCUUGUGUACACGACUACUGACUUUAUAAGUUAUGAGCUCUUGGACCGGUAUUUGCAUGCGGUUCCGGGUACGGGCAUGUGGGAGUGCGUUGAUUUUUACCCGGUUGCUAUAAACGGGUCGAAUGGUUUGGAGACAUCGGUGAAUGGUCCGGGUGUUAAGCACGUGCUGAAAGCUAGUCUGGAUGAUACGAAAGUGGACCACUAUGCGAUUGGGACUUACUUUGUGGAGAACGAUACUUGGGUACCCGAUAACCCGAAAGAGGAUGUGGGUAUCGGGUUGAAGCUGGACUAUGGGAGGUAUUACGCGUCAAAGACGUUUUAUGACCAGAAUAAGGAGAGAAGGAUCCUGUGGGGUUGGAUUAACGAAACUGAUACUGAAGCUGAUGAUCUGGCAAAAGGUUGGGCCUCCGUUCAGACGAUUCCAAGAAGUGUGUUGUUUGAUGCCAAGACUGGAACCAACGUGCUUCAAUGGCCUGUGGAGGAAAUUGAGAGCUUGAGACUUGGAAGUAGCGAGUUCACGGACUUAUUGGUCGAGCCCGGCUCCGUUGUGCCCCUUGACAUAGGCUCCGCCACUCAGUUGGACAUAUUGGCUGAGUUCGAAGUAGAUUUGUCGGGUUUAGGAGAGGCCGAUCAUGUCAGUGUUGGGUGCGGUGGUGGGUCGGUUGAUAAGAGCGCAUUUGGACCAUUUGGUGUUCUAGUUCUAGCCAACGACGCACUUUCAGAGCUAACUCCCAUCUACUUUCGCCAUACCAAGGCCAACACUUAUUUCUGCGCAGAUGAAACUAGGUCAUCCAAGGCAACUGGUGUUUUUAAAUCAGUUUACGGGAGCGAAGUUCCUGUACUCGAUGGUGAAAAGUUAUCUAUGAGAGUCUUGGUUGACCAUUCAAUAGUGGAAAGCUUUGGACAAGGAGGAAGGAGAGUUAUAACAUCAAGGAUUUAUCCGACGGAAGCCAUCUACGGCGCGGCGAGGCUAUUUUUGUUCAACAACGCCACCGGAAUCACGGUCAAGGCCACCCUUAAGAUUUGGCAACUCAACUCGGCAUUUCUUCGCCCUUUUUCGUUGGACCAAGCUCUUAGGCAGUCAUCAAAAUCAACUAUAAUAUAGUCAUAUAUCUAUUAUUGGUGCCCAUUAAAUUUCCUUAAUUCAUUUGUAUAUUGUGGGAACCACAAUUCAUCUCAUGCCUUAAGACUGUUAAACAUUUUUGCCUCUUUGGGUUAGAGGUAUUUCAGGCAAUUAAGUGGGUUCGACCACAUUAUUAGUUUGAUCAAAUUUUGAAAAGAAAAGGAAAAAAAAUAUAUGGAAAUCCAUAUAAAAAUUAAGAAUCA